UACACAAGAAACAUCUUCAAAACAAUCGACUGAAGUAUCCACAGAAACGCAGCCGCAAAGGAAUGUUUGUUAUUAAAUGGACUGAAAAUGACAACACUUGCAAGUGAACUAUAAACAACCGAAAGUGCAACGCCAAUAUUUGAAGAAAAGUUUCCACCGAGCCUUUCGAAAUGCAACUUUCAAUACAUAAGAUUUUUGAAAGCGAUGUGAUGUGAGAAUUUUACAAUUCUAAUUAGAUUAAGGUGUGUGUUGGGUUUUGUUGUCCCCCAACUUUUGCUCUUUUGCACAACGCUGGCUGCAGGCAAAAUAGGAAUCCUCAAACUGAAGCGAAAGAUCGAUCAUCCCAUGAGCAUGAACAAAAUUCUGCUGGUGUUGAUUAUCGCCAGCGGAUUUCUGCUGAUCAUUUACGCCAACAGCAGUAUCUUCAACAGGCGCAACAUAUUGAUGAUUUUUCAGAAGCACGAUCCGGCCCAUAGCCAUUCGGAGGCGUUAGAUAACACCCUUCCGGGGGCCGUUGGUGGGGGAGAGAAAUUGCGAUUUGCAGGUCAUGUCGCGGGGGGCCCGAGAGCAAUGGCUCGAUUUAACGAACUGAAGCGCGUGAAGUACAUUCCGAAGGAGAAUAAUGCCACCGAGUAUAAUAUCUUCAUUAUCUACACCAAGGAAAGUCAGAAUGUGAUUCUGAGAAGCAAAUUUGAGCUGUUUUUGAAAAGUUUGCUGAAGUAUGCCACCGUUCCAAUGCAUCUGCACGUUAUCACCGAUGAGCAGAGCGAGCUUUCGGCGGAAGAGCUGAUACGGGAACAGAUUAGUCACUACCGGAAGGUGGUGUUUUACACGCUGUACGAUGUGAAGGAUUGCGCGGAGAAGAUAAGCGAUAUUGUUAAAAACAUGCUGCCGCUGUUCAACUACAAAUCGGGGAGCUAUUAUAGUGAUGCACUCUUCCUAAUCUCGCUCGGACUCCACCGGAUCGUAGACGUAAAUAUGAAACGAGCCAUCCUGAUUGACUGCGAUGUUGUGUUCCGCUCUUCGGUGAAGGAACUGUUCGAUCAGUUCGAUCACUUCAACUCGGAACAGUUGUUCGGUCUCGCACCGGAACUGACUCCGGUUUAUUUGCACAUUUUGUUCAAGUAUCGGGCGCAAAAUCCACACUCUCUCUUUGGAACGCCGUACUAUUUGAACAGGACCAUGCUGGACAACUCGGUGGGAGGAUUUUUCAGUCGGACGGCAAAGAAAACGAAACACGGCUAUCCGGGGCUGAAUUCGGGCGUCGUAAUGCUGCAGUUGGACCGUAUCCGCCAGUCGCGGCAUUACGAGGAACUCAUAAAGCAGGAUUCGGUUAAAAGCAUGGUGGAGAAGUAUUCCUUCAAGGGUCAUCUGGGCGAUCAGGAUUUCUACACGCUGCUGGGAUUCGAUUUUCCGGGUCUUAUCUAUCGGUUGGAUUGCGUCUGGAAUCGGCAGCUGUGCACCUGGUGGAAGGAGAAUGGUUACGGUAAUGUAUUCGACAGCUACUUCCACUGUGAGGGCGUAAUAAAAGUGUACCACGGGAACUGCAAUACUCGGAUUCCGGAAUAAGGGUUGCGGUAGGUUUGGUUGCCAUAUUAUUUUAGGGUAGAAACUCUUCCGCUCCCAUGUUGACACAUGGGAAGCUCUUAUAACCCUCUCAAUUUGAUCUUAUCUACUGAAGCCAUCGCUACGAUGAAUGCAAUACCACUCUGAAAGGCUUCCAACGGUUUUGGAAUAUAAUUUCCCUUUGCCCCUUUUCUUUCCAGAAAACAUUCCAUGAUUCGUAAUUUUGUGAUCUCGUUUAAAAAAAGUACUAUCAUCGGAUUAGGCUAUUACUUAUAGAGUAAGCUGUAUCGUUGCAAUACAAGAGCGGUCCUCUUGAAAAUCUCGAGCUGUUAAUUUUGCAAUUUCGUUGCAAUAUGAUCUAUUCUCUGUCGUUUAUAUAUAUUUUAGAAUCAAUUUCCCGACGUUCCAUAGGAGCGCGCUACUGUUACUUACAUUCGAUGAUUUUAUUAGAUCUUAUUUUUUAGUUGUAGUUUAAGUUUUGACUUGGAAAGUCGGAGAAACGGAGCGAGCGAUGCUGCGGCUCAGUGGGAGAACAGUUGGAGAGUAGUUUAGGUAGUCGAAUUAAUCAGCUUAAAUGAGAAAGUUUGACGUUUUACGUAGAGAAAAAAGAACAAUAACGUGUUGAUCGAAAAUUUAUCUGCCGGGAGUACGACAGUUGAGUGUUUAUAUCAGAAAAAACGAACGAAAAUAGGUUAGAUGCAUAAUAUGGUAAGCGUAACGUGUUGAAAUCUAAAGGAAUUGCAUUUUUCAA